AUGCCUAAUGAAUUUGAAUGUUUGAUGAUAGCUCAAAUAUAUGAGGAACGUACACAUAUUCCACAACUCAUCGGAGCUAUCGAUGGGACUUAUAUUCCUGUACUACCACCUGCAAAUGGCUACAGAGAUUUUAUUAAUCGGAAAGGAUGGCCCUCAAUUAUAUUGCAAGGAGUAGUUGAUAAUACAAUAAGAUUUAGAAAUAUUAAUUGUCAUGCACCUGGGUUAGCACACGAUGCAGCAGUUUUCAAAAAAUCAAAUUUGUUUCGAAACUACAAACAUUUAAUACCACAGAAAACAGUAGCGCUAAAUGGUGUUGAAAUACCCUUUAUGAUAAUGGGAGAUCCAGCAUAUCCUUUGUUGCCUUGGUUACUGAAAGGAUAUACUAGAUGUAGAGAUCUAACACCGAAAGAAGAAUCAUUUAAUGUUUAUUUAAAUUCUGGACGUGUAGACAUAGAAUUGGCAUUUGGAUGCCUAAAAGCACGAUGGCGUCGCAUUUUAAAGAGGAUUGAUGUCCACUACACUUUUGCGCCUCAAAUUGUAGCUGCUUGCUGUGUGCUUUAUAACAUUGUGAAACAUUACAAGCAAGAAUUCAAAUAUGCGUGGAUAAGGGAUUGA